AUGUUACAGGUUAGUCCUGCACAAAAAUUCCGAGAAAAUGCUCAAAAUGGUCAAAGUCCCGAUCGUUGGCAGAAGUCCAAUCAGACAUACCCCAUAUAUGUAGUCCCCCGUCUUGAUUCAACACAGGCAUGUUCUCUCAUGGCUCAUUCGUCAGGGUUCAUCUCCGUCUUCCUCUUCCUCUUCCUUAUUUGUCCCACAACAAGAAGUAUUCAUAUGUGCGAGACAUAUUGCGACCCGAACGAAUUUCCCGUUCAGUUCCCUUUCCAGUUGGUCAGAGACGAAUUAGCGAAUGGAAGCAACACUCGUUGUGGAUACCCUGGUUUUGAACUUUCCUGCAACAAAAGCAGAACGAUGCUUCAUCUCCCACACGCUGGAGACUUCCUGGUGGAUUUAAUCUCCUAUGAAGAUCAAAAGCUUUGGAUCAGAGACCCCGAUAAUUGCCUCCCCAGACGAUUCAUGAACAACGAAUUCAACCUCACAGAUUCCACCUUCCUGAACACUCAGCUUCAACCUCAGACUUCCUCCUUCCAACUCAGUUAUGCUCCGAACUUCCCUUCUUCAACUGCUCCUCCAACAUUUUCCCUUUCUACGCCAUGGAUCGAGGGGUGUAAGCCCAUUUCCUCUGCUUCAGUUCCCUCUUCUAUCCCCAAUGGAAUAUUCUGGGGGGACCUGAAUGCUGAUAUAGGCUUGCAAUGGAACACUCCAAGCUGUGGAGACUGUGUGGCGAAGAAUGGACGGUGUGAGUUCUUGAAGAAUACAGGUCUUGAAGUCGCUUGCUAUUUAACACACCAAGGUGGUCUUUCAAAGUUUGCCAAGUACGGAUUAGGCUUUGGAGUGGGAAUUCCUGGGUUGCUGAGUGUGAUCGGAAUCGUGUACAUGUGUAAAGGGAGGCGAAGAAGGAACGAAGAUGGAAGGCAAAGCAGAAAUAUUGAACUGAAUAAUGUCGCAGGGUGGUCGUCUAUAGUAGUUAUGGGGCUUGAUGGAGAAAGCAUAGACAAGUAUCCUAUGACUCGGAUUGGGAUAGUGGCGAUUGCCCGACCCGGACACACAACGUUUGCUCUAUAUGCCUCAGUGAUUACCAACCCCAAGACAGUUUGA